CACCCCCGCCCCGCCCUGGCCCCACCAUGACCGGCUCCGCGGCCGACACUCACCGCUGCCCCCACCCCAAAGGCGCCAAAGGCACCCGGUCCCGGAGCAGCCACGCGCGGCCCGUGAGCCUCGCCACCAGCGGGGGCUCGGAAGAGGAGGACAAAGACGGCGGGGUGCUGUUUCACGUUAACAAGAGCGGCUUCCCCAUCGACAGCCACACCUGGGAGCGCAUGUGGAUGCACGUGGCCAAGGUGCACCCCAAGGGGGGAGAAAUGGUGGGCGCCAUCAGGAACGCCACGUUCUUGGCAAAGCCUUCAGUGCCCCAGGUUCCAAACUACAGGCUGUCGAUGACCAUCCCAGACUGGCUCCAGGCAAUCCAGAACUACAUGAAGACACUACAAUACAAUCAUACAGGGACCCAGUUCUUUGAAAUUAGGAAAAUGAGACCGCUGAGUGGGUUAAUGGAAACAGCAAAAGAAAUGACUCGGGAGUCCUUGCCUAUCAAAUGCCUUGAAGCUGUCAUCCUGGAUGGUCUAAGAUACUUAACCAAUGGACAGCCUUCCAUCGAGCGAUUCCCCAUCAGCUUUAAAACCUACUUCUCAGGAAACUACUUUCACCAUGUUGUGCUGGGGAUUUAUUGCAAUGGCCGCUAUGGCUCACUGGGCAUGAGCCGAAGGGCUGAGCUGAUGGACAAGCCGUUGACCUUUCGGACUUUGAGUGACCUCAUCUUUGACUUUGAAGACUCCUACAAGAAGUACCUGCACACAGUCAAGAAGGUCAAGAUUGGGCUGUAUGUCCCCCAUGAGCCUCAUAGCUUUCAGCCCAUUGAGUGGAAGCAGCUGGUCCUCAAUGUCUCAAAGAUGUUGAGGGCUGACAUAAGGAAGGAGCUGGAGAAAUAUGCCAGGGACAUGAGAAUGAAGAUCCUGAAACCUGCAAGUGCCCAUUCUCCAACCCAAGUGAGAAGUCGGGGCAAAUCCCUGUCCCCCAGAAGGAGACAGGCAAGCCCCCCGAGACGGCUCGGCAGGAGAGACAAGUCCCGAGGCAAGCGAUCCUGCCUGCGCCUGCAGAGCACGGCGCUCAGACUGCCGCGGUUAUCCCAGCUUCCGCCAUUGCUGCAGACUAGAACCCAGGGCACCCUGGUUCCUAGAGGUGUGUCUGGAGAGGAGCAGCUUCUCAGCUUCUACCUGUGGCCUUCACCAAGCAGGCUUUUCUCCAGGCCUGCACUGCCUGAGAAGAAGGUGGCUGACCUCAGCACGCUGAAUGAGGUGGGCUACCAAAUCCGAAUUUAGGCAAGCCGUAUCAGCCAACAAGGGGGCUUCUCUGGUGCUUCUCUCUGCACUUUACCCCAGCAUCUUCAGGAGGAACUGCAACUAUUUAUGGAGAACCUGUGGAUUUUAUUUUUACGGAUUCACUUGGACGUGGAAGCGGAGUGGGUGGCAACAAUUAACUUUGAAAGAAAAUUCACGGAGGGGCAACCAUGGAAAGGCUGAAGUAAGAAAGCCCACUGCGGUUGGACUGACUCCCUCAACUACAGAUAGAAAGGGCAAUACCAUAAACUGUGGUUUUAUGUUUUCCCAUUCACCUGUUUUUGUUGACUUGCUUUUGAACAUUAUGCCUCACCGGUAGGAAAUGUUAAUGAAACCCUCCCUCCUACUUUUGAUACGGUAAGGUAACUCAGUCAGUAUUAAUGUCUUUUUCAGCAAUAACAGAGGCAAAGAUUGGUGGGAUUUUUUUUUUUUAAGCAGUCAAUAUUACCUCAGCAUCUUGACAUCAGAUAUGCAAACUUAAUGGUGUUUUCAUUUUUUUUAUAUUCUAUUUGUAUUGCUUCCCCGAUAUUUCCAAUGGGGAUCUCCACAAGGUUUGGAAUUUUUUCCUGGUGCACACAUAAUGAGAUUUAAGGUAUUAUAUCAAGUGUUUUACUAAAAAAAAAAAAAAAAGCACUGAAAUUCUUCUGGCAGUACAGGAAACUAUUUUCAGGAUGUUGGAACUACUUCUUAAUCUUUCUUAAAAGCAUUCACGGACAGCAGUUUCUGUUCUUUCAAAACAAAACAAAAA